AUGAAUAGGAGAGACGUUCAUGUCAACGAACCUAGGUCGUAUUCGAAGGAGGCUGGAAACAUCUCUAUAUCUCCCUCAAGAUUUCAACCAAAAUCGCAACCUGCCCUUCGACGGAGAAGGCAACUUCUAUUACGAUUAGCAUCGGCUGGAGCGCUCUCUUUCUUCCUUUCGGUGUUGUUUGUACCUUCACUUCGAAGCUCGGUCACCAAUGUCUUUUCAUUUGGGUUGCUUUCGGCACCAGAGGAGCUACAGCUUGAGACGGUUCGUUAUUAUGACCUCUCAAGUUCCGGAGGAACCGCGCGGGGUUGGGAACGUGAAGAAAGGGUGCUCAUGUGUGCGCCUUUGAGGGAUGCAGAGUCACAUUUGCCAAUGUUCUUCUCUCACCUUCACAAUUUCACGUAUCCCCACCAUCUCAUCGAUUUAGCCUUCCUGGUCUCGGAUUCCCGGGACAACACAUUAAACCUCCUAUCCCAACUCCUCACGGACCUCCAGAACGACCCAGAUCCCAAGCAACCAUACGGGGAGAUAUCCGUUAUUGAAAAAGAUUUUGGACAAAAAGUAAACCAGGACGUGGAGUCUCGGCACGGUUUUGCAGCUCAGGCUGGUCGGAGGAAAUUGAUGGCACAAGCCAGGAAUUGGCUCCUCAGCGCUGCACUUCGGCCAACCCACAGCUGGGUCUACUGGAGAGAUGUUGACGUUGAGACUGCACCGUUCACUAUUUUGGAGGAUCUCAUGAGACACAAUAAGGAUGUGAUCGUGCCCAAUGUAUGGCGUCCCCUGCCAGACUGGCUUGGAGGCGAGCAGCCCUACGAUUUGAACUCAUGGCAAGAGUCGGAGACUGCGCUGGCACUAGCUGAUACCCUGGACGAAGAUGCGGUCAUUGUUGAAGGCUAUGCUGAAUAUGCGACCUGGAGGCCGCAUCUUGCUUAUCUCAGAGAUCCUUACGGCGAUCCGGAUAUGGAGAUGGAGAUUGAUGGCGUAGGUGGUGUCAGUAUUCUUGCUAAGGCAAAGGUCUUCCGAUCUGGAGUACAUUUUCCAGCUUUCAGCUUCGAAAAGCAUGCUGAAACUGAGGGCUUUGGCAAGAUGGCUAAAAGGAUGCAAUUCUCCGUGGUUGGGUUACCCCACUACACCGUCUGGCAUUUGUAUGAGCCAAGCGUGGACGACAUCCGGCAUAUGGAAGAGAUGGAGCAAGAGAGAAGGAAUCGCGAAAACGAGGAGCGAGAACGAGCUGAGCGAGCCAAGAAGAUCAAAGAGGAAUUUGGUGAAACUGGCUCUCAAUGGGAUAAAGACAAAUCAAGUAUAGCAGACAUCAGCCAGAAAGACGAGCAGAUCAGAAAGGAGCAUGACGUCGCAAUGGCGGCCCAAGAGAAGGAUAAAUCUUCGGAAUCAAAUUCAGACUCGUCACAACCCAAAGAUAAAGACACUAAAGGUAGUAAGUCCAGUAAGGACGGCAAGGACUCUGAGGACAGCAAAGCUAGUAAAGACGGCAAGGAGAAGGAGGGAAAAGAGUCUACGAAGGAUGGAAAGGAGGAGAAAUCGACUAACGAUAGCAAAGGCAGCAAGGACACCAAAGAUAGCAAAGACGGUACGACAAGCAAGGAAAAGAAAGAUGACGAGAAGGAACAGACCACGAAAGACCCCAAAGGACCCACGAAGGAGUCGAAAGCUAAGAAGGAGACCGAAGGAGACGACACAGAGUCCAGCUCCAAGCCUAAAAAAGAAAGUCGGGAGAAGGCAGGUCCAAAAGAGAAGCAGACUCAAAAGGAACCCUGA